CGGGGCGCAACCAUUUUAAUUUGUACAGCUUCCCUCGACACAACAACCCAGUCGACCUUCGUUACACCGACCCAAGCUGUCGCUUAUUUGUACUAUUCAUUGUUUGCAUACACUCCUUCGCAUUUUUCUCUUGUCUGUGACGAGAGUAUUCCUUCACAAUGUCUUCCCCUGUUCGGCCAAGGCGCGCAACAAGGCGCACCGCCAUUAUCGAUUCUGACGACGAAGACGAUGUUUCCAACCGCUCUAGAGUCCAGGAUGAGGAGGAGGACUUUGAACCAGAGAAACCGGCGCCCCGAAGGCAGACUCGUGCACGUAAAUCGACGACUCCAGCCCCUGCACCUGCUGCUGCACCGAAGACGAGAGGUCGUCCUAAAAAAGCCCCUACUCCUGCUGCUUCAGUAGAGCCUAGCGAACUUCUCGAAGCCGAUACGACACUUAAGGCAGAGUCGAGCUCACCUGUGAAGGUUGCGUCGCCUCGUAAGCGCAAGAGCACAGCGAGAUCAUCGAUCUCUUCAGUUCCCGACCUUUCGCCUCCUACACCGAAGCCAGAUUCACCGACAGCUUCCCAGGAGGCUUCUGCAUUGGCCGAUAUCACUGAUUCUAGUGUGAAUACUUCAGUUGUCGACAAUACCCAGGCAACUAUCAAGCCGAUCAAACCUAUGGACACCAUUAUGGAGAGGCCGAUGGAUAUUGUGCUCAAGUCACGGACAUUGGCUGUUCCUGUUGUUGAAGACACUACGCCCAAGUCUCGAAUUGUUUUGACACAUCUUAUACUCAACAACUUCAAGAGUUACGCUGGCCGACAAGAAGUCGGUCCUUUCCACGCUUCAUUCUCGUCCGUUGUCGGACCCAACGGUUCCGGAAAGUCAAACGUUAUUGAUUCACUGCUCUUCGUCUUCGGUUUCCGAGCUAGCAAGAUGCGACAGGGCAAGAUCUCUGCUCUCAUUCACAACUCAGCACAGCACCCGAAUUUGGACCACUGCGAGGUUGCUGUCUACUUCCAGGAGGUCAUGGAUCAGCCCGGUGGCGGCCAUGAGGUUAUCCCUAACUCUGAGCUUAUCAUCUCCCGAAAAGCCUUCAAAAACAACUCUAGCAAAUAUUACAUCAAUGGCAAAGAAUCCAAUUUUACGACAGUCACCACUCUCCUUCGCGAUCGCGGCGUCGAUCUGGACCACAAGCGAUUCCUGAUUCUACAGGGUGAGGUCGAGUCGAUUGCUCAGAUGAAGGCCAAGGCCGGCAAUGAACACGAAGACGGUCUCCUCGAAUAUCUUGAGGACAUUAUCGGCACCUCCAAGUACAAGGCGCCCAUCGAAGAAUCCGCUACCGAGGUCGAGACUCUCAAUGAUCAUGUCGAGAAAGAAAAGAACAGCCUUGAAGACAAGAAGGACAAGGCGAUCGCCUACAUUCGCGAUGAGAACGAGCUGGCAAUGAAGCAGUCUGCUCUUUACCAAUUGUUUAUUCACAAGUGCAACGAGAAUAUUGCUGUUACAGAGGAGGCUAUCAGUCAAAUGCAAGCUCAACUGGACGCCGAGCUGGAGAAGCACCAUGGAGGCGAGCAGAUCAUCAAGAGCCUCGAGAAGGACUAUGCCAAGGGUACCAAGGAAUUCGAAGCACAAGAAAAAUCAACACAGGCUUUGGUCAAGGAGAUGGCCAAGUUUGAGCAGGAGCGUGUCAAGUUCGACGAGAAGCGAAAGUUCUUAGACGACAAGCGUAAGAAGCUUGAGAAGGCUAUCGCCAACGCCGAAACGAACUCUGCCGAAGCCGACGAGACCAUCGAGCAGUGUGGAGAGGAGAUCGAGAACCGAACCCAGGAGAUUGCGGAGCUCGAGGAACAAAUCCAGACUGCUGAGGCUGAGCUUGCUCGAAUUAGAGACAGUCUUAAGGGCAAGACUCAAGCCUUCUCAGAUCAGAUUGCGGCUAAGCAGAAGUCUCUCGAGCCAUGGAACGAGAAGAUCAACCAGAAGCAAUCCGCUGUAGCCGUCGCUGAGAGUGAACUCAACAUUCUUCAAGAGAAGGCCAAUGCCGGCGCUGUCGCUCUCCAAGAGCUUGAGACCAAGAUCGCUUCCAUUGAGGAAGGCAAGACUGCCAAGCGAGCCGAGCUCAAGUCUUGCCAGGCCGAGAAGGCCGAGCUUUUGAAGGAGGCUGAGAACAUGAAGUCGGAGCUCAAGGUCCUUUCUGAGCAGGAGCCCAAGAUUCGCUCAAAGAUCUCGAAUGCGCGCCAAAAGGCUGACGAGGCCCGCUCAAGCUUGUCUAACACACAGGCUCGUGGUAACGUUCUCGCUGCUCUCAUGCGCAUGAAGGAGUCGGGUCGAAUUGAUGGCUUCCAUGGACGUCUGGGCAACCUUGGUACGAUUGAUCAGAAGUACGAUGUGGCCAUCUCAACGGCUUGUGGUGCCCUCGACAACUUUGUCACUGAGACUGUCGAGGCUGGUCAGCAAUGUAUUGAGUAUCUGCGAAAGAACAACGUUGGACGUGGUAACUUUAUCUGCUUGGACAAGCUGAGAACCCGAGACAUGUCGCCCAUCCAGACACCCGAGAAUGCUCCUCGAUUGUUCGACCUCGUCACUGCCAAGGAAGACAAGUUUCGACCUGCUUUCUACCACGCUAUGCAAGACACUCUUGUCGCUGCCGACCUCGCCCAGGCUAACAGGAUCGCAUAUGGUGCCAAGCGAUGGCGAGUCGUCACUCUCGAUGGUGAGCUCAUUGACAAGUCCGGUACCAUGUCUGGUGGUGGCUCAACUGUCAAGAGAGGUCUCAUGUCCUCCAAGCUCGUCUCAGACGUCAGCAAGGAGCAGGUCGCCAAGUUUGAGAGUGAUCGCGAUGGUUGGGAGACCAAGUUCCAAGAAUUCCAAGAGUACCAACGCGAAUGCGAGACGCGACUCAGGGAGUUGGGCGAGCAGAUUCCUCAGCUGGACACCAAGAUGCAGAAGAUUGGCCUUGAGAUUGAGAGUGCCGAGCGAAACAUCACCGAUAUGCAACGACGCAUGAAGGAAGUCAGCAAGGACUUCGUGCGCAAAGGGCCAAGGUCGAUUCUAUCAAGGAGGAGAUCUCUUCCAAUAACGAGGAGAUCUCCAAUGCUGAGGUCCGUAAAGUCAAGGCAGAGAAGCAAAAGAUCAAGCUGGCGAAGGAUCAUGCGAAAUCGUCCAAGGAGCUUGAGGCGGCUACUCGGGAUCUCGAGAAGCUUGAGAACGAUAUCAACAACCAGGGUGAGAGAGCUGAAGAACUUCAAGCACAAGCUGAGGAAGCCGAAGAAGGAUUGGCCGCUACGAAGAAGGAGCUUAAGGCGCUCAAGGGUGAGCUUGAUGAGAAGACGGCUGAACUCAACGAGACAAGGGCGGUUGAGAUUGAGAUGCGCAACAAGCUUGAGGAGAACCAGAAGGCUCUUGUUGAGAAUCAAGCUCGACUUCGACAUUGGGACGACAAGUUGUCGAAGAUUGUUCUGCAGAACAUUGAUGACCUUACUGGAGGUUCAUCGGGCACCCGGUUCAAGAAGCCCAAGUCGCAACCCAAGCCCCAGACGGAUGACGAUGAUGAUGUCGACAUGGACGAUGCCCCUCAGGAUGAUGUGGACAUGACCGACGCUCCCCAAGAAGACGAAGAGCAAGAGGAGGACCCAGAGGAGGAGGAGGAGGAGGAUGAUGAUGAAUCUGCCGAUGGGCAGCCAAACGAGCUUCCAAGAUACACGCCAGACGAGCUUGCUGACAUGAAUGAGAGGACUCUCAAGGGCGAGAUUGCGGCUCUUGAAGAGAAGACUCAAAAUGUCAACGUCGACCUUGGUGUUCUUGCUGA